CACCGCAAACCGUAGUCGUCUUGUCAGUUAGUACAACCACCCGACCGCUCAGCGACGACAAUCGCGCGCGUACCGUCGUCGUACACACACGAACGCACUCAAUCGUUCGGUCGAUUUACGCACCGAUCGCCGUAUCCGAUAUCCGUUGUCGGUCUGUGACGACGAUUUAUUAAGUGCACUUUUAAUAUAUAUAUAAUAUAUAUUUUAUAUUAAUCAAAGGCGACGGAUAAAACGGACUCGUUAUCAUAAGGAAAUAUUUAUAUAUUAUAUAUAUAAUAUCCACAUUGACGACGCGGAGUAGUGCGUACUACCGUUGUAAUUAUAAAUAUUAGUAAAUACCGUGCCGGCAACACGUGCGCCGAGAGUGUAGGUAUAGGCGCGCCUUUACCAGCGCGGCUGCGAUAAAACACACGUCGCCCGAUAACGGACUUUUCGUCGCACCGCCGCAAAACGUUUCGGUUUCCGGCUCAUAACCCCGUCGGUUCCGGCGCGGAUAUCCGCGACUGUUGCACCGACCGCGGCAUGUCCGAGUCUCCGCGCAUCGACGUGACCGGUAACGACGACGACGACGAGUUGUGCUGCAACAGCGACCGGGGAUCGGCAACCGGCGGCACCGGAAACGGCCCGAUAACGGCCGCCUGCAAGACGAUGAUGAUGGCGACUGCUGCGGCCGCGAUGACUACGGGCAACGGAGGCGGUGGUGGUGGAGGUGGCGGCGGCGGCGGCGGAGGUGGUGGUCGCGAAUCUCCGGCUGUCAAGUCGGCCGCACCGCCGUACACGUCGUUCUCCAUUUCGAGCAUACUCAGCAAGGACAAGCCCGGCGGCGCCGGAAAACAGCACUGCAGAUCCGUGGGCGCCGCCGUGUCACCGUCCACUGCAGCGGCCGCGGCGGCAGCAGCGGCCACGUUUGACGUCACCGCACACCUGGCGGCCGCAGCCGACCACGCAAUGUUGUCCAGAUUGGGCUUGAUGAGUCACUUCGGAGCGUUGGCCGCAGCAGCUUCAGGCCGGAGUCCGUUUAUGCUGUACCCGGGCGUGGGCAUCGCAGGCGCUACGGCAAGCGCCCUAGACAAACACUGGUACUCCGCGUGGUCGCAGCCUUUGUCGGCCGCAAUUAGUCCUACAGGUAAGUCAAUCAAAUUAUAUAUUUUCAUCAUCAGAGAUCGAAUUGACAAGCACAAGGAAUGUUUAACUAUUGAAAUUAAAUUUAUCGAUUUCAAAUCAUAUGGAUGA